CAUUCUCAGCUACGUAGAGCAAUUGGUUGCAAGUGCCGAGGCUGCUGUAGAGGAAGUCGUCAGGCGUGGAGUGGCUCAUCCAAGCAAAAUUGCUGUUGGGGGACACUCCUAUGGAGCGUUUAUGACAGCAAAUCUUCUUGCUCAUGCUCCUCAUCUUUUCUCCUGCGGAAUAGCUCGAUCUGGCGCUUACAACAGAACACUCACGCCCUUUGGUUUCCAGAACGAGGACCGAACUCUGUGGGAAGCUACUAAUGUCUAUGUAGAGAUGAGCCCAUUCAUGUCUGCUAAUAAAAUCAAGAAGCCAAUCUUGCUCAUUCAUGGCGAAGAAGACAAUAACCCAGGAACUCUAACAAUGCAGGUUAUGAGUUGAAUAG